AUACAUUUCACAAAAAAAAUAUAUAUAUAUUUUACACACACACAAAGCUGCAAAAAAUAGGUGAUGAAUUGAACCAAAUGAACGUUGUGUGACACGAUGAGGCAUCGACGUCACCACAGUUCUGUGACACCAAACAAUCACUUCAAAUCAAAACACUCCUUCUGAAGUAGAAGGUUUGACAUGACUCUGUCUGCUGAAGUCUUUUUCCUGACCCUGUGUCCUCUGUUACUGAGCGCCUAUCAAGCUCCCCAUGACAAGGAGGACAUCUUUACCACCAGACCAUGUCCUGCGUUCCUUGUCUUCGAUAACGCAGCGUAUGUGGCUGACAUGACCGUCGAGCUGCCCUGUCACUGUAAACCAGCAGACGCUCUCUCAGUGGUGUGGUACUAUCAGAAACACCUGGGUACAAAGAACGCCAAAGUCCUCACCGACUUCUCGGGCACUGCGAUAACGGAUUCUUCCAAAGUUGGAGGAGAAGUGAACCUGCGUGACCGUUUUUCAAUCCGUUUAUUCAGUCUUCUCAUCUUCAGGGCUCAGCAGAGCGACUCCGGCCAUUAUGUCUGCGGCACAGCUUCGGGACAGUUCUUCUAUGGCUAUGAUGUAGACAUUCAGGUCACUCGAAAUGUUCUCUUUCCCUGGAACCUCGAACAAAGAGCCGAACCCCAAGAAGUCAAAUCCAAUCCCAAUGAGCAGUUUCGAGUGUUCACCAGCUACUGGCCUUGGUCUGUGUGUGAUCGGUGUGACGUGCAAGGCGAGCAGGUCCGAGUGGGGCUCUGUUACGUCAUGAGUGAAUAUCUACAAGUGCGCUACCUUCGAGAGGUCAGAAACGUGACCUCAUGCGGUUCCUCUGCGGUUCCUCUGCGCUUCGGGCUGAGCGGCGCUGAUUAUGGAGCCGAGCUCAGCGUCAGAAGUUGUGAAUCUUUCUGCCCUCCAAAAUCUCCACUUAAUCCACAGCGACAAGCGUUGCUGGAGUUCCUCGGGUACGAUCAAGCUUCUCCAGGACUUCCGGUCUACUACCAUAACCAGCCAACAAACACCGAUCUCGUUCUGUCGUGUCCCAAAGCGAGACCCCAGCACGCAGUGGCGUGGGAUAAAGGCUCUACACCGCUUUAUCGCUCUCAGUAUAUGGAGGGAGUGGAUACGAACUUGCGUGUGUUUAUAGAUUUAGGUCACCAUCUUCACUUCAGACCUGUGAGAAUGGAGGACAAAGGGACAUACUACUGCUGGAUCCAAGGCAGAAAGGCUGCUGAGAUCAGACUCGGGGUGUACACACGACUCGGACGCCAGCGCAGCAUCAGCGACCCAGAGUCUGUCUUCGGCCUCAGCGUCAUCCUUCUGUGCUACGCCGGCCUCACUGCUGUGUUUCUCCUCAUCAUAUCCAUUAGAUUCAUUUGUGACUUGAUCAUAGAACGAAGGGCUUCAUAUUAACUUUCAGUAAAUGUAUUUAUAUCUUCUAUUGCCCUGGUGAAACAGUUUAAUACUAAUUUAGUCAGGAUUGUGAGUAAGAAAAUGUAAAACAAUAUGCAGAAUAGCUUUGGAGUUGUGAAACAUCAUUGCAAAUGCACCCUAACACUGAACACUUUUAAAAAAUGCACACAAAAAACUAGCACGCACUUACAAGCCGUGGUUCUCAAAGUGGGAUUCAGGAGAAAUCUGUGCUGUGAUCAUAAAGGGCCCCUUGGAAAUUCUUUUACUCUGGAAGGGGUUGCAAAAUGUUUGAGAACCUCUGGUUUAAAGCACCCUUGCACUUGAGAAUUAUUAUUUUUUAAAUAGUAAUGUGGAUGAUUUUUACUAUAGACAAAAACGUCAGGAAAAAAAAGCCUCUCGUUCCAAAGUAGCAGUUCAAGUUCAUCAAAGUGCAGCCUUUUGAAAUUGGUCACAUUUUUAAAAUUAACAACUGAGACUUUCUCAGUACUUCAGUAAAAACAUUACCCAUGAGCCCAGUUUGAGACUUCAAAAAGUUUAUCAUGGGCUGAAAUGCAGAGUAUAAGAGGAUGAUGCCGUGGUCACCGAAAACAAGCUGAUGUGUGUGAUGUUAUUACUAAAAGUUAUUUCAUCCAAAAAUUAAGAUUUAGUUUAUUUCAAGUGCCCAACUCUUGCUCUCUUCAAAUCAUGGGAUUUGGACUCAUGACCUUCUGGUCAGUAGAGCAGAACUGUAAACCCCUGAGACUCCCAGGUCCCACAGUCAGAGCACUGUACUGACCUUCAACAGUUUACAGGAACCUAAACCUGAUUC